UCGUGAUAUGACAAGCGAAGGAAAGGAAAUUGGGUAAGAGGGCAAGAGUUUAUACACAAGAAAUAGAAGUUGCCUGCUUCAUCUCUUCUUGUAUUUGGGGAUUUCUGAAUCGUUCGGAAUCUCAGGGAAAGAAGAACUCGCUCUCCAUCGAACGCACCGACAAUUUCCGCCGACAUUUUCUGUUUCCGGUGAGACGUUUAGAAAGUUGUCUACUUCGGCCCGCCAAGAAAUUAACUACAAUACUUUGUAGACCGAAUUGCCUUUUCUUUCUGCGACUAAACUGUCUACCUUGACGGCUUUUUCAAAAUCAUCAUGCAAGCUUCAGAUGCAGAGGUAAUGGUGCUGUUGAAUUUUACUGAGUUUUUUGGGGCUGAUCUCGAGUUUAUUGGCGGGAGUUCUAAAUAAAUUGUCUGUUCUGUAAUUAUUACGCAGUGUCCGUUGUGUAUGGAACAGUUGGAAAUCGACGAUGUCAAUUUCUUCCCUUGCACUUGUGGAUAUCAGGUAAAUGUAAUGUGAGGUGAUUUAUAGAGUAACGCCUCAUGUGAACAGAUCUAUGCAGUACAAAACAACUUAACGCGUAAUUGUACAAAUAUGUUAAUACAUAAACAUGUAUAUCUUGUGACUUUAUACACUUUUUAAAUAUUGUUCUAAAUUCUUAGCUGUUAGAUUCAUUGGCCAUAAUACGAUUUGCUGUUUACGAGUGCCAUAUUCAGGUUCAAUGGUUGAGCAAUAUUUUGGUUUCUUCGAGUCGGUGCCGUUCUUACACAAGUAUAAUUCAUCAUUAACAUUUAACGCCCUCUGAUGGUAGCAAUCGAAUAUGUGAAUUUAUACGUACUCGAUUGAAUGUAUCGGGAAUAUUUCUUCCUAAAUAUAACAAAAGCUACAAGUAAUUGAACUCCAAUGCGAAGCAAAAGGUCCAUUAUAGAUAUCAAGAAAUAAUUUGUUGAUAUAUUUACAUUUCUUUUCCAAUCUCAGUUAUGAUCUUAGGUGCACGUGUGUUUUGUACAUUUGAGUGCUAAUCUCUGUCAUAUAUUUAAUGUGAUCUAAAGCUAAGCCACCAUGUUCACACUGACAGAAAUUGGUAUAAGGAAUUUGAAAAAUACCACUUGCUGUCUCUCAUGAACAAGUGAUAUAUAUAUAUAUAUAGCUUGAGAGGAGUAUCUGGCUGCAAAUGUUCCUUUUGAACUUUGAAUUCCUCACCUUUGUGAUGCUUCAGCUGGUUAUUGUCUGUUGUUACUAUUACACUUAGACACUGUAAUUUAAAUUGGCUGUAAGCUCAAAAUAGUCUCAAACUAUUUAAGUUUGUUUACCACUUGGCUCUGGAUGCUUAAAGAAAAACAAAUCACAAGUUUGAGCUCAAUUUCACUUGAAAUCAUUUUGAACAAAAUCAUAGAUAUUGAAAUGUAUUGUGCUGUUCCUUCCUUGCUUCUUGUUAUAAACAAGCAACUCUCAUGUUGCAAAUCAGAUUGUUUUACUUGUAGUUACCUACGCCGUGGUAACUAGUGGGUUAUCUAACUGCAAAAUCAUUGUGGGAUAUAUUUUCAUAAACUGAAUACUAAGUAGGAGAAAGUUGUAUUCCUUUACCAGUUUUACAAGUGUUACCUUUCAAUAGAUAGAAAAAUCUUGGUCUCCAGUUUUACAGAAUUUUUUCCUUUUUUCUCUCACAUAAUUACUACAAAUUGCAUCCAAUUUUUUCCUGAAUCAAUAUAUUUUUAGCAUCAAGAGAAUAUACUGUACAUGACUUGAGUUAUAACUCAUCAUAAGAUUCUAAAUAAAAAUUCUAAAAAGAAGAAUAUACUUAUGGAAAGAGAAUGAAUGCAAAUUAUGCUUUUUGCAAGAUCUGUUUUAAGUAGGUUUGGAAUUAAUAGAUUUAAGAAAUGUCUUCCUAACCCAGGAAUUUUUCGUUUUAGAUCUGCAGGUUUUGCUGGCAUCGGAUAAGAACAGAUGAAAAUGGCUUAUGUCCUGCUUGUAGAAAGGUUUGAAAGUUGUGUCAUAUUUUGUCUUGUAUGUAAGCAAAAUUCAUGCACUUCUUUCUCAAUUUAGCUCCUUUAAACAAUAAACUCAAACCUAGCCUUGUUGAUGAGCUGUAAAGGAUUAUUUGUACCUUUUCCUCUAUUUUUGGAAACUGUUUUGGUUGCUGUUUGUAGCUAUUUCAGUGAAACUUUAGGUAUUGAAGGGAGAGUCAUACAUUUAAUUUUAUCUCUUGCUUGUGUGAAAGUUUUUCUGUUAUCUUUUCAGCCCUACAGUGAAGAUCCUGCGGUGUAUACACCCCUUUCACAAGACGAGUAAGUAAAGGAUAACUUUUCUAAUAGACAGACGUCGUUUUAGAUCAACGUUUUACUGAGCAAACAAAUAUACAGCUUUUCAAGCCCAACUCAUUUUAAAGAUUCUAUGUAGCAAUUCAAAAUCAUGACAUGUUUGCCAGAGCUAAAAUGUUGGGCCAGAAAUAAUAUGAAUAGAAAAUUAGGGAAAAAAGCUUUCAGCAUAAUUAAUAAGAAAAUAAAGUUAAACAUUUAUUUUGGACCCAAGCCAAUGCAAGAGGGUUAAAAUGAUUCUUAGAAUGGCCCAAAACAUAUUUAUCCCCAAGGAUACAAGCUGUAGUACCACUAUUAUCAUUUUGGAUGGCAUUGAGAAAGGAUGGGAGGCAUUUUAGUCUGCCAAAAUUUCUAUUGUAGCUUGUAAAAUGUGCCAUAAUGCCAACAAAAUGAUGAUAAUUUUGUAUUAUACUAGAACUCCCAAGAGUGAUUAACAUGUUACUUCUCCAUAUAAUAUCCAUACAUUAUCCAGCAAACAAGCAAUGAGAAAACUCAAACUUAUCAGGUAGAAGUUUUAAUCUUGAUCUACAUGUAUCACCAAAUUCUCGUUACUGAUUAAGAAGGAAAUGUGUUUCGUUGCAUUAUGAGAGUGAAAGGGUUAAGUGUGGAAAUAGAGAUACUUAUUUUUUCCUAGUUUUGAUGAUGAUGCUCAUGUUGUGAUUAGAGAUACUUUGGUUUUCAAUACAAACAUGUCAAAAAAGAGAAAAGCCACACCUGUUACAGGUUAUUUUAUACAGACACACCAUGUAUAGUUUGUUUCUCCUAAAAACUUUGCAUUAAUUGUUUGCUUGCUUUGCAGUUUUUUAGAAUUCUUCAGCUUUCAGAUUCACCAAAAUAAUAUCAAGGAGAGGAGAAAAAGAAAAUGCUGCAAUAAUAUACAACCCUCAGCACAAUGGAAAUUUAUAUUUGAAUGUGCUUCAUGAAAAAUUUUAAAUUAUGGAAAAAAAAUUUUUUUGUAUUUUUCUGAUUCAGUGAUACCCUUUUAUUUGUUUUGCAGAAUACAGAGAAUUCUGAAAGAGAGGAAACAGAAAGAUGUACAAAGAAAACAAAAAGUAACUGAGAACAGAAAACACUUAGCAAAUGUGAGGUGAGAAGGCAAAUCUGCAUUGUCAGAGCAUUUUUUAGCCUUUGUGCAAUUUGCUAGGGUGAUGGAAGACCUGGCAAGCUUUAGAAUUUCAUGAUGUUAUUUUUCAGGUUCAGAAAGUCUAUGAAUUUUAGUUUAGGUAAUGGGAUGUCAUGGAAAUGACUAAAUAUGAUAUUUUUGAUUGGAUUAAGGAAAAUUACUUUCAUUGCAUGACAGUUUUCUCAUUAUUUUGGAACAAGCUUCUGGGUGAUAUUUCGUUGUUUCCUGAAAGACUGAAAAGUAGCCUGUGUUCAAAAUGGGAUAGACACACAGAAAUAUAAGUUUCCUACAUAAAUCAUCUCUACAAAGAGUGAUUUCCUUGUGCACUUUCAUUAUUCCAACAAGUAUGAUCUGCUUUUCUUCUUCUUGUAAGUUAUUUAUGUUACUUUUAACCUAUAAUUUUAUUAUUUUUUUUUUUUAUUUAUUUAUUUUUAAAGAUACAUGUUUGUUCUGUCAGCUAUAGAAUAAGUAUGCAUUGCAAUCUUAUAUGUGAUAAUUAAAUUGUGGAAAAGGCAAUUGGAACAGACAAGGAGUGAAUGGGUAUAUAUCCCUAAAAUAAAAGAAUCACAGUUUGCACCAUAACCAAUGUGGAUAUUUUCCCUUUUCUUGUAGAGUUGUACAGAAAAAUUUGGUAUUUGUUGUUGGACUAACUCAAAGAUUAGCAGAUCCCGAGGUAUGUUUUAAAGUUGAUGUACUCAUGUGCUAUAGAUUUAAGUUCAAGAAUUGAGAGAAAUUUUUAUGAGUGUUUUUUUCUUUGUGUUUUCCUUUUAGCUUCUUAAAAGACCAGAGUACUUCAGCAAGUUUGGAAAAAUACACAAAAUAGUUGUGAAUAAUAGUACAAAUUAUGCAGGUCCCCAGGUGAGUAGUGAAUUCAAACAAACUCGGAAACCUAGUAUUAUGGUAAAUACAAUCAACAAGCCAACCAUGCAGGUCUUCAUAGGUAGAGGUAAUCAUCAGGCAUCAGAUACUGUCACAGGUAUGAAACUAUAAAAGUUCCCUUGCUAUUCACCUGUCACCACAACUAGUAAAAAGAGGGUUGAAUGAAAGCUUGCCACAAGCAUUUCCAAAGUUGCUUGCUGAACUCAAAGCAUGACAGCCCCUUGCAAUCAUCCAGAAAUGACUAACAUUGUUGCUUUAUUUAUUUAUUUUACCUCCAUCUUUUAAGCCUUUAACUCCCAAGAUUUCAUAGAUAAUUCUCCUUACCACCUGUCAUACAAUUUAUGUGAUGUUAGUUUGGAGAAUUUGGCAUUGGAUUAAUCAAUAAUCCCCUAAUUGAUAUUUUUAGUUUAUUCCUAUUACUUGUCUGUUUGAUAUCAUACUGAUAGUGUAAGGGGUUAAAGGGUUAACUAAAGGGUUAACUCCAUCUUGCCUUGAGAAAGUGGAAAAAGUUAUAAGGUGACUCCAUCACAUAGAAUAUUUUUUCAAAUUGUAAGUUUGGAACAGGCUUGUUGGUUUAACCCUUAAGCCCUAAAGAGUGACUUGCAUCUUAUUUCUCCUUACUAUAUCUCCCCUGAACUUCAGACAUAGAUUGAUGCUACUCUGGUUUGCAGAUUUAAUGAAAGUAACCAAAGAAGUUACAAUUCAUAGACCCCUGGAUCUAUGAAUUGUAACUUCUUCGGUUACUUUCAUUAAAUCUGCAAACCAGAGUAGCAUCAAACUAUGUCUGAUUGUCCACCUGGUUGCCAUGUGAACUUUAAUAUAUCCCCUGAACUUUUUAGGUGGAAAAAUACAUGUUCUUUUAAGUUUUGUAAUUCAGUUGACAAAUAAUACUCUAUUAUUAUUUUUAAUCAGUCUUAUCUGUUUGUUUUAUUUAUUAAGGGACCCAGUGCUAGUGCUUACAUUACAUAUGUGAAAGAAGAGGUAAUCACAUUCAUUUUUACAACCAUUUGCCCGGACUGGGCUUCCCUUGAUGAAAGGGUAUCAACACAUUUUAUUUUUAUUUACAGGAUGCAAUUAAAGCAAUAAUAGCUGUGUGUAACACUCAUCUUGAUGGGAGAACAUUAAAGUGAGACAAAGUGUCCUGAUUAGAGUGUUUUUCUAUUGAAUGUCACAGAGCUAAAACCAAAGUAAUCCUGAUAACCAAUCAGAAGAAAGAAAAAAUAUUCAAGAGCCAAUAAGAACUCAAAGUGAAAACUACCAAACUUCCUAAAGUGCAGAAAAUUCUGGCAACUAAUGGUGUGAUUGGUUUUAGUUUGGCAUCUGAUUGGUUGAGAAAGUGGUGCAAGUUUUGCAGAUCAAUCCUCACAGAGGGAAUUAAAGCAAAACCAAAGCAAUUCUGGAUUACUUUUGACACUCAAUUGAAAAUUGCUCUAUUUAGAUUCAAUGCUUUUCUUUUUUUACAGUACAUAGAUAUAUCUGUUGAUAUUGUGAGUUCUCCUUGAUGUGGGUGUGUGUUUCUAUGAUUAUAAUGUAUAUGAAAGAAUUGCGUGCUUCUGAUUGGCUGAAAAUGAGUGCAUUCUUGUGUAACACUAAUGCAAAGUUGUAACACAAGUGCAAAUUACUAGUAGCAUGCAUACGCUUUCAAAAUUUUGUCUGUCUUGACUUUCUGUGAUUUUUUUCAUGUACAUUAUUAACAAGUAAUAACAUGAUUUCUCUAUGACUUGUAAUUUGGUGUAAUAAGCACUUGAAAAUUUUCAAAGGCUACAAAUUUCACUUACCCUGUGGGCCUGCUUAGUUUUGUUGUCUUUGAAAAUUUACUCAUACUUGUUAACACCAAAUUUCCCUCAAAAUCAUGUUAUUACCAAUACUAAUGAUAUCUGUUCAUACUAAAAGUUUUAUGACUUCUUCUUCAAAAAAAAAACUGAAUACCAGUACAUUUACUGCAAUCCCAUUUGCCACUGAUAAUUCUGUAUUCCUGUAAUUGUUUUUUUAAUCAAUUUUUUUUGACAGGGCUUCUUUAGGGACAACUAAAUAUUGUAGUUACUUUCUCAGAAACAUACCAUGUCCUAAAACAGUAAGUAAAAACCUUGGACUAGUUCAUUGUGAUAAGGCAAUUGGUUUGUCCAAUACAUAGAAAUUCAGAGAAUGCGAAAAGAGAAAAUUGAUUUAAAUAGAUUCAUGGAUAACAAUGUUAACAACCUGAUUUCUUAUCAGCCCAGAAACUAUUAAACUACUGAAUAAUGCUUACAUAUUUAUUUUGUAGCCAAGAGUAAUAAUUUACAAGUGAAAUUAAAUUUCAAUUGUAGAUUAAUUUGAAUUUCAAAAUUAUGGUAAAUUAGAUGUACAUGUUUCUGGAACAAAGGGAAUGCUUUUCAAAUUAGGUUGAAACCAUGUAGACCUGACUUUUUUAAAUACAACUUUUAACUACAUGUAUGUUGAAGUUUAAAAUGAAUUGUGGGUCAAAAUGGAAAAAACUUAAAUUAUUAUACAACUACUAGAAAUUCAUUUUUGAGCUUCAGUGUACUUUCAAAUGUAUUGUGAGAGUUUGAGAAAACAUAACUGUCAAUCCUUGCCUGUAAGAGAAUGAAAACCAUUUAUGGAUUUCACAAUAAGAUUUGAAAAAAGCUUAAAUUGUUUGGAAUUUUAAAUAAUAAAAUUUCAAUGGGAAAAAAUGCGUUUGCAGUAUUUCCGUUGUGGACUUGUGCAUUCAGGAAGUGAAUAAUUAAAUUGCUGUUUUUAUUUGAUUUUUUUCAGGAUUGUAUGUAUCUUCAUGAGUUAGGUGACGGUGCAGGAAGUUUUACAAAGGAUGAAAUGCAGGCAGGGUAUGUAACCUUUCUUUAGCCAUUUCAAUUUUUUUCUAAAAGCAACAUAUGAAACCAAUUGUAGCUGUAAUAGUUCCAUUUUUACCCUCCCCUCUCCUCCUUCAAAUUUCCCUUGUUAUCCCCUCCCCUACCCUUCCCUUUGCUUCCUCUCCCAUUCCCACUUCCCUUCACUUCAACAUGCAAUGUGCUUUCAAAACAUAUUAAGUUACCCUUCUAAGAAUUUUGUGGCAUUUUAGUCACUGCACCAAUCUACUGUGUUGAAUAUUGAUACUGUUGUUACUGUGGUUCUUUUGCAGAAAACAUCAAGAAUAUGAACAGCAGUUAAUUGCUUUUUAUUCAAAGAAAAUGUGAGUUUUUUUAAUAACCUGAUUGGUUUGUUUGUUCUAAUAGUUUGAAGAUGUCAGCAUUGCAACAAUUUUGUUUCAUCAUAAAUAGAAAAAAGUAGAUAAGGAAUCUUUUUCACUGUUAACAUAACUAACUUACACAGUUUCUGUAAUUUUAUGUUUCCAGGGGUCUUAGCAGUGAUAAGGUAUGUGUGCAUUUUAGUAUUAAUACUGUCAUAUAAAUUCUUUUAAAAAAAAGGAUCACAGUAAGGGGCUGGUACACAAAUAUUUGGAACACCUGACCACAAGAAUGUCUUUAAAGACACUUUUACCAUGCAGCAAAAAGUGGGAUCGACUCCACUUUAUCCCACUCUGAAUUCCAAAGUAAACUUUUGUAAUACCCAGCAUCAUGCUUAUCAUUUUUGCAAAUGUUUUGAUUACUUGGCUUUGUUUUUUUUAAGGAUAAAAAUGAAGAAUGGCCGGUUGAUGAUGGUGGUGAAUACAGAUUGUCUCCUCGUCUAACAUCAGAAGCAGCAUGGUACAUGUAAAUGAUUUCAUUCAUGACCUGAUUUUCUUGUAUACCUCUCACAGGGUUUGUGUAUAGUCUCGACUUCCUGAAAAAGUGAAGAAAUAAGGCUUCAAAGUUACAUAACUUUGAAGUCUGAUGAAUUCUUAAAAGUCUGGUUUUCUACAAGCUGAAACAAGUGCUUGAUUGGGUGAAAUCUUUCCAACGUUGCAUGAUUUUCUCAACUCACCUUGGACGUAAUGUUUUACCAACACAUUGAGUGAGUUAAUAAAUGCCGCCCUUGAAUAAACGCCCCAUCCUGAUGAGGCAUUCAUUCUAGUAAUAGACUCAAAAAGCACACAAAGAUCAAUGCUUCAAUUGCAGUUGGAAAUUUUGAGUGAACCAGAUACAAAUCCUUUUGAAUGUACUAGUUCUGAUGUUGAGAAAGCAUAUCUGACAUCAGAUUUGUGUUGCAGUAGUAUUGACAUGCAAAUAGUGAAAUUUGAGAACGAUAUAAAAAUAUGACUUUGUAGACAAGUACUAAAACAUCUUUCUGUUUUUUUAAAUUAAAAUUGUCAGUCACCGUACUACUGUUUGCAAGAAAUAAAUAGGAUUUUAAAUAAACGCCACCCUGGAAUAAAUGCCACAUUUGAAUCAUGAAAAAUUUAAUAGAUGCUGUGGCGUUUAAUUGAAUACACAUGGCAAUCCUUUAACCCUCAGAAGUGAUUAACAAGGAAAUGAGUAGCAGCCAGAAGGGAGAAUUAACAUACAGAUCUUGUGAGUUUAAGGGUUAAUUGAUGACCUAUGCUCAGACAGCAAACUGUCAGGGAAUGGGGACAAAAUGGGGGAAGUGGGUGUGUGGGGUACUUUGGCAUGGACCAGUCAUUCAUUCAAGAGUAGCAGUAGUGUGCUUUGUUGCUUCAUGCUACAGAGACUGGGCUCUGGUGCCUUGUGGGCCUCUUAGCUUUACUGCAUACUCGACUCUUUCUAACCUUUACCUUUGACUGUUGAAGGGCUGGCAAAGAUGAGAAUGGAGAAGGAGACACCUGUCAAAGUACUUUAGAGAAUGAAGGUAGUUCAGUUGCAGAAAGAAAGGAGGAGGAGGACUGGGAGGAAUCUUGUCUUCCAUCUCUGACUAAAACUGCAACAGAACAUAAGCCAUCUGACACCAUAAGACAAGAAAAACCUGCAAACCAUCCACAGUCAACCUACAGCAAUACAGGUAAGAAUUGUUGGCUUUUUUAUUGGAGAUUUGUGGUGUGUUUCAACAUGUUAUUCAUGGCAGUGUCAAGUGACAAAAUGACAUUUUUUCUUUUCAUUUGCAAAUCAAUUGUGACUGUGAAAGGCAAAACGGAUGCUAACAGUUAUCUGUUUGAACGGGUAAACCAUUCGUUAUCCGUUUGUCACCCGUUCGAAUGCCUAAAAAAAUCCAUUCAAAGCGUUCAACAAACCGUUCAACAAACCGUUCAAACAGUUUGCACAUCCGUUUGAAAUACAUUAGCAUCCAUUUGAAGUAUUGCAACAUCUGUUCGAAUGGUUCUGACAUCUGUUUGAACGAUUUCAACAUCCGUUCAAACAGUUUUUUCAUCCAUUCACCAACAAAUUAUUGUUUAGAAAAAUAGCAAAAGGUGUCCUUCAUUAGAAAGAUUUUGUGUUGGUUGGAAAAAAAAUUUCAGGGGCUGAUAAUCAAUCCUGUCACAUUUUGACCAUUAUUUUAAAUGGGACCCUCUAACAAAAGUCAGUUGUUUUUGCUGACAACUUUGCUGUUACAUUUACAGGUUGGGGAAAUACAGAAAGUGCUGGACGCGUUUUAGAGUAAGAAGCUUUUAUUAAUAAUAAAAUGAGAAAAUUGUGAUAUAAAUUUGACAAACAGUACGUGACUGAAAACUUAAAGCACAGGGAUCAGUGACUUUGUUGUUAAAUUCUGAGAGGUAUUUGACUCAUCCCUUAGGUGGAGAAAAGUGCAGCAUCAUAUCAGCUACCUGCUAUUUUUCUUUCCUAGCCUUCUUUCUGUCAAUAUGAUUUUUUCCUAAAAGUACAGAUUACUUUUGGCCAAUUGUCAUUUCCUUCAUUUUUUUUCUGCAGUACUUCCAGUCUGUUCUCUGCUGAUCUGUGCAGUGGUCUGGGCCUGUCUAAUUUACAUCUGAAAGUUUAUGGGGAAGAUGAUUUAGGUACUGCCAUGACUUGCAUCACAUCAGAUUGAUCUGAUUGGUCUCCAGGGUUGUAGCUAUCUUCAGCUGCAGGCAAAUUUGUCAAACGAAAAAAGUGGCAAUUGCUGGCUGAAGUUUUGGCCAAUGUUCCCUCAGUAAAGCACAAUGCACACUUUUGAUGUUACGCACUUGCAAUCAUCGGUAUCAAAAGCUAUCUUUGAAUCACAUUACUCGAAAUGUUUGUCGGCAGCCUAAUUUCUUAGCUACAGCCCUGGGUCUGUAGGCUACCUGACAGCAACACCUUCAGUAUUGUGCAAAAGUAAUUGAUUGGGUGAUAGCUUUUUGAUGAAUUCUUGACCAAAAUGAAACUUCGAUGACAUUUCCAUGAAUUUUUGAGGCAUGUAUUGUUUUGAACAGCUCAAACUUUCAGCGACAUAUUCCUUGAUGGCAAAAAUGCAACUCGAAUUUUGAGUGAAAAUUUGUUCUGUGUUGCUAUUGUUCAUUCUUCUCAAAAAGAUUUGGUUGAAUUUGUGGUUUGUUACUGCUCUAUGUAAUACUCCCGUGGAAUUUUCUGCUACAAUUCCAGUCUCCAUGCGACCUAUGUUGUUUGCAACCAUGGCAACACUCAAUUGUGUCAAUGCAUUUGGGAUCAUUUAUGUACUCUACUUUUGAUAGUCAUCAUGGCAAAAGUUUCAAAUUAUUCUAGAAAAAGAAUUUAGAUCCUUUACAAACAAGGCCUUCACCCAGCUGAAAUACUGAGGGCGUUAAAAUGGGAAGGGUUAUGAGUGAGCUUUUCUAGUAUAACACGCAUCAUUAAAAGGUUACGUCGGGUUCUGUGGCAAAUUUACCUUGAUCGGGAAGACCUCAAAAGCUGUCUAUGGAUGCAAAAACUUUCGUCGAUCAUCAAAUGCACAGGGAUGACAAGACAACCAGCAACAUGUAUCUUAGUCAAAAUUACUGUAUUUUCCAAUUUACUUUCAUUGUCAUACACAGAUCGAGCUCAGAAUCGAACGUGAUGCUUUUUGGUAGUUUGACCUUUUGUCUGCUGUGUUUAGUCUCAAAUAUGAAGUGUCUCCGUCCUUGUGACUGAAAAAAAGCUGGAAAUAUGUUUAUAUGUAUACUUCGUGUUGCUUACAUGAAUAGUAAACAAACUCAAUCAUUUGCAGCAGUCUAUUGUCAGUUUGAAGCAAAAUUUCAAACACCAAUGAUUGAAAAGACAUUUUCCGCCGCAAAUUUUUGUUUUGUGGCGAAAAUUAAACGAAAAAGCAUCCUUUGUUCAAACAAAAUGUUGCUUAAGAGGCCUCAAACUUUCGAUUGAAUUUUUGCUCUCUAAAACUUUCGAUGAAACAUCAUGAGAACAAAUAAUGGAAUUCGCCGAACUUUGCACAAUACUGUAUCUUUGGUCUCUGAUUUUGGUAAAGAUGAUUUAUCAAUAAAAAUAAUUAAUGAUGAUCAUGAUAAUUAUCACUGGUGAUUCUUGCAAUUUGAUUGACUUUCACUGGUGCAAUUUAUCAUAAAUGGCACCAUUUUUUGCAACUGCAUCUUUUUUGCAGCAGAUUAGAAACCUUUACUAAAACAAAACAAUCAAUAAAAUUUCAAGGCUUGCUCUUAGUAACCAAUUGAAAUGCAGGAAAAUGAAAGAGGACUUUAGGAACCAUGUACAAAGCAGCUCAGUACUGGAUCAAUAAAAUAUUUGUACAAAUCAACAAAUGCUGUAUGUAAGCAAUAUAAUUGUUUUUAUGUAAAAAUGGAUGUAAUAAAAUGGUAAUUGAACUUCAUUUCAUGCAAUUUUGGUCUGAAAUCAUACUUGUGAUUUCAAAUCAAACAAGUGCAACAUGCUUGUUGAUUUUGAAAUCACUUGCUUGAUUUCAAACUGAAUUGCACUCCACUUAGUUCAAUUACCAUUACUGUAUAUAGAAUUUACUUUACUCCUUGCAUAUUUAAUGAUUAAGAUGGCAUUGGCAAUUUUAUUUUUGUCAUCAAAUUAACAUUUCUGUUUAGUAAUAGUGGCUGUGUUUUCCUUUUUUGCAAGGGUUUGAUCCUUGGAAUGAGUGCAGUAAAGGUUUGGCAGAUCUUCUUCAAGAAGAAAACAAAACAACUUUGCCUGGACAUACUCUUCACACUUCCACAGCUUCACAAUCACAAAGUUUCUUCCCAGGAUUUCCACCAAAUGUAGGUUGCAGUAGAAACACUCAAUUCUUUCCUUGUUAGUUGUGGAAGGAAUAUAUUACUGGUACUUAAUUUUUAUGACUUGUGAUUUUGAAUUCUGGAAUGUUUGUCCUCUCUCAGAGUGAUGAUAUUAAAAACUGGCAAGAUGGACUUAGAGCACUUCUACCAAACAUAAACAUUAAUUUCUCAGGUAUGUUGUUAAAUAACAACAUCAGAUUUUUGUGAUGGAGUAUGUUUGUUAUAAAAUUAUGAUAACAAAGCUUUCUUGUAGAGUAGCAAAGUAUCUUGGCAUCUAUCCAAUCAUAUAAGCAAAAAAUGUUUGAACAACUAGGCAUCCUGCUUCCCAGUGAAAGGGAAUGUUUUUUGUACUGGUUGAUACAUUAUUUUAAGAAAACUUGUUUGCUUCAGGUUGGUCAAAAUAAGCCAGUAACUAGCACAUUGCAUUGCAUACUCUGAAAGAUACACAGCUACUCUGAAUGCUUCUUGCUCCCAAUGCCUCUUGCUUGUGGAGGGGCUUUCUGUGUGGAGUGGCCUGCUCUGUAUUGCUACUGUGACACAAAAUCUUUUUGACAACCUUGAAUGCUUGAAUUAUUGGUUAUUGGCUUGGUUCAAAUACCUACUUUCAUGUUAAACUUGUGAUUAAUAUUAACUUAAGUUAAAGUCUUUGUGUUUGAUUGCAAUAGUUAAGAUGCUGUAACUUCGAUUUCCAAAGUUUUAUGUGACUGAAUGCCUCAUUUUUUUUCUUAGAUUCUCGGUUACCUCAACAACAAUCUUCUUGGUCUCAUUCUGCACCUCUGACAGAAAGUCAUCCACCUAACUGGCCUUUUUCUUCACAGCAAACGCAAAACCCAUUCCAAGGUAUGUAAUCUUGUAUUCUGCUUUCAGAAUCACAAGACAUAUGCAACAGAGAUUUUUCAUUUUUUGGGGUGUAAUGCAAUUUUGUCUCCAAAAAUAUGGGAUUUCUACAAGCUUAUAACUUUUCUAACUUGUGAUUUCAAACCCUCCUUGGGGCAAAUGAAUAAAGGGGUAAGUUUAUAAAGAAACUGUGGUGCUGUGUGGGUGGAAGAGUAUAACAGGGUAGUUUAGUACUAUCAACUAGGUUGAUAACAAAAAAAUUUUACUACCAUAAAGAGCUUAAAGCUGAUGUUUAGAGUGUUAGCCCUUUGUCAGAGCAAUCUAUUUUGAUCCUCAGAGUUGUUGUGUAACAGUGAUAAGUUUUUAGUGCUUUUCAUCCUGUGGUUCAAGUGUUGGAUCCAAGGAAAUUUUAGGACAAGUUUAGAAACAAGUUUUUUAGUUAUCUGUAGAAUUUUGUGUAAGUUUUUUGAAACAAUUGCUACAGCUUGUGUCAUACUAUUUAUUUCAUCUGUUACAAGCUUUGUUCAAAAUCCAGUUAGUGUUGUGACAAAUUCAGAACAAAGACACUGUGCCACAUUUUGGCAGGCAGGGUCAUUUGAAGUGCAAAAUUAUUUAUUAUUUUCUUUGCAACCAGCUCAGAAUUUGAACCAGUUCUGAAAAUUACAGAGAUAUCCAUAUCCUUUUUUUCCAAAGGUCGCCCUCCUCCAGGAUUUGAAUGUAAAUCACCCACGAGCCACCACAUGCCAAUGCUUGAUGAUCCAGGUAUUUUAUGGUCAAAAGCACUUGACACAGGUUAGCUCUGUCAUGAUGUUUUAUGUAUCUUACAGUGUUCAGCGAAAGUAGUUCAAGGGAAUUUUAAUCAAUUUUGUGGCUUUGAGGGGAUUUUUAAGGAAAUUUGGCCUCAAGUGAAAUUUUCUUGACAUUUCAAGAAAUUUUUCAGCCCCCCAAUUUUUUCACCUAGGCAGGGUGUUGAUGGAAAGUCUGUCGUAAAACCCAAGUGAGUUCCAAACAUUUUAGAGAAAGUUCUCUCCUCUUGAAAGUUUUUGGCAAACACUCAGAGAAAACAUGCCUCUGUCUGAAGACCAGUUAACAGUUUAACACCUGAGAGUGACUAGCAUCUAAGUUCUCCCUUCAAUUCUACCCUGAAUCAAACAUUAAUGUUAAGAAAAUUAAGGAAAUGAUCACCAACUAAAGAAACUCUAGAUUGUGGUACAAAUUCACCUUAUCAGUACCUUUGGAAAUGUGUAGGUAACAGUGAAGAGAAUAUGCAUACUGAUGUUAGGGUGUAAAUGGUUCAGCAAUUUGUGAGUGAAUGUGUAACUUCUUGUUCUGCAAUAAGAUGUUUGUUGACUCUAGACACCAUGUUUUUCUAUAUAAAGCUUGGGUGUAAUAGCAGAUAAGGACAGAAUCCAAAGUUGAUCUUGGGGCCCAGACUACGAAAAUUUUCAGAAUUCAAAUGUAAAGCUGUCAAAGACAGGUGUUUGAAAAUAACUUAAUUAUUUUGAGUCACCACUCUGACUGAAGACUAAUGCUCGAAAAGUCAGCUGUUAAAACUCCUUAUGGUGGCUAAUUUACAUUAUCAUCUCAGUUGUAAUACUAAAUUACCCUACAGUAUUUUGCCCUAAUAUGGGGUCUCUCUUUGAUUCAACACAUAACUUUGGGUCUUCAAAUACCUCUGAUCUGACUAACCCUUCUCAUUUCUUUUAACUUGAUUUUGCAAGGUAAUCCUCAAGGGAACAAUCCCCUUACUAGAACAGUUUCUAAUGGAUAUCCUGGAAUGCAUCCUUUUAGGAGACAAGCAGAUCUUCAGAGCACUGCGGUAAACAUUUUUUCUUACUUAGCUGUGCCUUUGCACCAGCUUAAACUAAUUAAAUGAUGAGAAUGUUAAUGUAAUGAAAUCCUGGUGUACAAUAAAUGGGAGCAGUUGCUUACCAUUUUUAUUCCCCUAUCUCUUUUUGAACUGUCAACACUAGUUGGUGUGAUGAACCUAAGGUCACAGGUUAACUUCCUUCAAUCCAUUUCAUGAUUACCUCCAACUCCCUUGUCAACAGUUAUCUUUCUAUUUACCCUUCCUCUCUCCUCCUUUUGACAUCACCACUCCCUCCUCCUCCUCCUCCUCCUCCUCCUCCUCCUUCUUUUCCUCCUUCUUUUCCUCCUUCUUUUCCCCCCCCCCUUCCUUUGACAUUUGCUAAUCCUCACAGUAGGCAGAAUACUUUUCCCAUAUGAAUCUUGGAUAUGAGACAGCUCAGUUCUGUAGUUCAGAAGUAGAGUGUUGGAGUGCUGAGUCAGCAGGUGUGAGGGGAGGAUAUUUUUUUUUUGUCCCAUGUUCAGACAAAUAAGUUAAAUUUUGUAGAUGGUAGGUGAUAGGCAUUUCAGUAAGGUUUGUCUUGUUCUAGGCAGUCUCGUCAGCAGAGAAGCUGAAGGAAAAUUCAUGUAACGAAUCCUCACAAGAGGAGGUGAUCUCUAGUACAAGAACAAAAGAAUUACUAUCAGUCUCGGAGCCUUCAGGGGAUAAUGUAACAAAUGCAAUGACGGAAGGAACUCACAGAGUUGACAUUUCAUCAGGAUUACCAAAUUGUAUUGAACAGCACAAAACAAGAGUGAGUGAGUUAUCCAUCAUCGACGUAAACGACCCUCUUCCAAGUCAAUGUGGUAAUUCAUUGUUGGAGCACAAGACUGAAAAGAAAAAACGGGACAGCAGAAUUCAGGAGACUAACAGACAGUACAAACAAAAUCAAGGAGUAUAUAAGAGAGAUGAGAGACACUCUCAACAAAGUAGGCAUUCAGGUACCAAGAGCAGACAUACUGAGACACCAGGAGGCUUUACAAGGAAACAAACUCAUUCUUUUCAAGACAGAGACAAUUCCCAAGUGAAGGCAGGUCCUUCGCAAUAUUGCAAUAAGAGAAGAAGAGAUAUUACAAGUGGAUCUGUGGGACAGAGGAAUUGUAUUGGGAAAGAGCAACAAAGCACAAGCUUAAAUUGACAUAACAGUGUUAUGCACAUGGUUUGGAGGCACUGAAUCAAAGCAAGAUCAUGAGUGAGAGGUGUAGGAGGUCAGUCAGCCUCCAGAAACUGCAGAAACUGAAACAAAAUGAGAACAACAUAUGCCUUUUCAUUAGGUGCAGGUUCAAACUGUGGAUGCUCUGGUGAACCCAUGGGUUAAAGGCCUGAAGCUUGCACUCUAAAGAGUGAUUGGGAAAUAAAAUCUCCUAAGUAUGCUAAUAUACUACCCACCAGUUAGGUUACAAGAAGAAAGAAAAUUAUCAGCUUGGAGAUUUUUGGACUUGACAGCAAUUUUCAGCACCAACCAGCAAAGAAAUAUAUGGUUUAAAACUUAGUUUUUAGAUCUCUGGAGUAAAUGGUCUUAUGCUAACUGUUGGCUUACCUUGACUGUUAAGCUUCUAAACAGCCUGUGUAUACCUUGCUAAGUACUCUUAAGUAUUAAACCUUUAACUCCCAAGGUCUCAUUUGUAAUUCUCCUUACUUUCGACUAAAGGAUUCUCAUUAUGUUAGUUUGGAGAAUUUUUUGUUGGCUCCAUUAGUAAUCCUGUAAUUUAUAUUUUUCUUAAUUCUCAUCACUUGUCUGGAUGAUAUUGUAUUUAUAUAGCAAGAAUUUCUUUUUUGGUCACUCACAGGAGCUAGUGGGUUAAGAAUACCCAGAGAGGAAAGGUUUUGGUAUACACAGGCUGUUAAACACUAAAAGGUUCAGACUUCAAAAAGUACUCAAUUUCUGUCAUAAAGAUGUACCAAGUGAACAGGAGAGCCAAAAACUUGUAUCUCUUAAUCAGAACGUUACAUCUGUCUUAAUAUGAGGAUCCCUUUUCCUAUUUAAACUAUUGCUCUCUGCAAUUUGUCCUGUCUAACUUUCAUCAGCAUUUUAAACAGCAAAAGCCGUUUAUGUUGUUAUGGUGGCCAAGAGAUAAAAAUCACCAAAAGACAGAAACCCAACACAUAAUGUCUAUACAGCAUGUUUGUGAAGUGCAUGAAGGUGGUGAUGUGCAGGAAGAAACCAUUAAGAACUUAAACAGGAAGUAGUUUGUACUUCAUUACAUUUCAUUUCUUUUCUUUUCAUAAUAAUACCAAGUUUAAUGGUUGCUAAUGGUAAAUUGUAUGGUCAUAUAUACUGCAUCUGUAUAAUACUCUAUCAAUUUAACUGUGAUAGCGAAAUUUCUUUGCAGUUGUGUAAACAUCAGAAUAUCUGUCAGAAUAUCCUGUCAGCUUAUUUUACUAUAUCUGCUCUAAUUGUGUGCUUAAACUUUCAUUUGAAGUAAUCAAGUGAGCUUCUCAGGCAUGAAUAUUUAUUAAACUACAGCAUGCACUAAAUGGGAAGGAACUAAUUUCAAUAGGUGGUGUUGUAAUUGAACAGGUAACGUUAAGAGAACUGGUUAUGUUUUUGUCACGCAUGAUAGAGCCAGUCACGACUAGAAUGGCUUCUCUGAAGUUAAUUCCUGAGCUGGUUACUUGGCAAGACAUGUUAGUUUUUUCAGUUUUUGCUUUUGUUUUGUUUUUUUGUUUGUUUUGAUCUGUUUUUUCUUGUUUUGUAUUUUUUAAUGAAGCAUCAAUAAUAAUAAUGUUGAUUUUGAUGAAACCUUUAUUACAGUUGCCAUUGUAGUCUUGACUCGAAACACAUGCUGUAGGGAAACUGUCAUGUUAGGUAACAGAAAUGCGUUAAUAGGUCUUAGUUAAAACUAUUACUACAUUUAGUUGGGGUUGGGGGACACAUUUGUUACGUCAUUUGCUGCCACACCCCUCCCAAUGUUGAUCUGCAAGAUCCUAUGCACACAGUAACAAAUUACAUUGAACGAAAAUUCACAAACUAUGUUCGAAAGAUGGGUGCCAACUGGGAAUUUAUGCUGUAAAUCUCUAACUCUAAGAUUUGGCCUCGCUUGCGAGUUUGGCACCUUAAGGAGACAAAUCCUAGAUUAGGAUUUGGUUGCAUGCUUGGUUUGUUAACAACCGUUAAUCAAGUAGGAAAUAACUGGUCGUUAGUCUCCUGUUUAAAGUAAUCUAUAAAAUAAUACGUAAGCAAAUUUACCGAUC